AUGGUUUGCGUACUUGGCAUCGAAGGAUCCGCCAAUAAAAUCGGGGUGAGUUUGUUUUUCAUUAGCACCACCACGGUUUCUAACCAAAUUUAGGUGGGAAUAAUCCGCGACGGCGAGGUGCUCUCGAAUCCACGUGCCACAUUCCACGCACCGCCGGGCGAGGGGUUCCGUCCGACCGAAACGGCCCAACAUCACCGCCAACAAGUGGUCCGACUGGUCGGAGAAGCACUCAAACUCGCGAAUAUUGUGGAUCCGCGCACGGAAAUCGACGGCAUCGCCUACACAAAAGGACCCGGAAUGGGCGCUCCUUUGCAGGUCAUUAUUAGGGUUAAAUCUACAAUAUUCAUACUGAAUUUCACAGCGUUCUUCUUGGUGGGCGGUUUGCACGUGAAACUACAUAAAAAGAGCGAUCUUAAGUAAACGUUAACAUUUUACACUGUUUUUUAGCACUUUUAACGAAAAUGCGGUAACAACACAGUGUAGAACGCCAAAGUUACACUCAGGAUCGUUAUUUUAGUGUAGUUUUACGCACAAAACUUGCUUCGAUCGAUUUUCACCGCCCACACACUGAUCCAGAAAAAACAUUUGUGGAAAAAAUCCCCUUUCAAUAAUCCGAUCGGACCCAAACUUUGAAGACUUCUCGGUCUUGGAUUCAAGUAUAUUGGGUCCAAGUUUCAGACCGACCGGAUGAUCUGGUCCCAAGAAAUGUGGAUCAGCGACCGAAAAAUCCGCAAUUCGCGAAAUACCUCGUUUUUCGGCCUAACACCAGUCUAGGGACCAGAUCUGCAAAGUUUGGGUCCGAUCGGAUUAUUGAACAUUGCAAAACAACAAAGAAUGAUAAUCUCAAAACUUUUUAGGUGGGCGCUAUUGUGGCGCGGACGUUGUCGCUGACGUGGCAAGUGCCGAUCAUUCCGGUCAACCACUGCGUCGGACACAUCGAAAUGGGCCGUCUGAUCACGGGCGCCGACAAUCCGGUGGUGCUGUACGUGAGCGGCGGGAACACGCAGGUCAUCUCGUACACGAACCGCCGCUACCGCAUCUUUGGCGAAACGAUCGAUAUUGCGGUCGGCAACUGUUUGGACCGGUUCGCCCGAGUCCUCAAACUGCCGAACGACCCGUCGCCCGGAUACAACAUUGAGCAGUUGGCGAAGAACGGAACGAAACUGAUGGAACUGCCGUACACGGUCAAAGGAAUGGACGUGUCGCUGUCCGGAAUACUGUCCCUGAUCGAGAAAAAAGCGCCGAAAUUGAUUGAGAGCGGAGAAUUCACGCCCGCAGAUCUGUGCUUUACCCUUCAGGAAACUGUAUUCGCCAUGCUCAUCGAGAUCACCGAACGAGCGAUGGCACACACGGACAGCAAGGAGUUGUUGAUUGUCGGAGGCGUCGGAUGCAACUUGAGACUUCAGGUACAAUGUGCAAAGAAGCAUUUUCGCAGAAAUUACGUUUUCCCGCUUCAAAUAGCAAAUACUAGUGCCCUGAACGGGUUCCUAUCCUCCUCGGAAACCAGUCGAGUGACGGUCUUUUUGUAGGAGAUGGCGUCAGCGAUGUGCGCCGAACGAAACGCCCAUUUGUUUGCCACCGACGAGCGAUUCUGCAUUGAUAACGGAGCGAUGAUUGCGAGAGCCGGAGAGUUGAUGCUCGGUACGACAAUAUCAUUACGAUUGUGCCAUUCAUUUCAAAUUUUCAGCCGCCGGAAUGCGCUUCGACUUGCGUAAAACGACAAUCACGCAAAGAUACAGAACCGAUCAGGUUCACGUCGUCUGGAGAGAUUAG